AUGGCCUCAGAGGCUCGCAUGUCGGGUAUUAUCAUUUCCGAAUCGGAACAAGGCCAAACCCCGACCAGAUCAAAUAAGAUCACUGUGUAGUUUUUUUUUGGGUGGCUAGACUUACAAACAUAAAACGAUCACUCACACUCUCUCUUGCAUUCUCACGCUCACAACGGUCACUCGCACGCACAAACAAACAAACAAACAAACAAACAAACAAACAAACAAACAAACAAACAAACAAAACAACAAACAAACACGCACACAACCAUUCAAACCAAACAAGAAUGGCUACGUUUCCGCGUUGGCCAAUUUAUAGAGCGCAGGGAAUCAUGGGACAUUUCGUGGGGGGAAAGGUUGGAGUAAAAUAAUAGCGUGCCCUCAUGUGGCCAUAAAUGGUAACCUGCGCUUGCCUUGUAUUGAGUAGGCAGUUUACAUGUGCUUGUUUAUAAUGAAUCACACAAUAUGCUUAACUUAUAAAUGGUUAAACUUUAUUAAUUGACUGCAAUAUAUUUUACUUUAUUUUCCAUUUCCACCCUCUAUUCCACCUUCAUCUACAUAAUAGAAAAUCACACUUAUAAAAACAACCUGCAUCAAGGGAUAUCAAAUCAAAUCACAUUUUAUUUGUCACAUACACCUGUUUAGCAGAUGUUAUUGCGGGUGUAGCGAAAUGCUUGUGCUUCUAGCUCCGACAGUGCAGUAAUAUCUAACAAGUAAUAUCUAACAAUUUCACAACAUAUACCCAACACACACAAAUCUAGUAAGGAAUGGAAUUUAAGAAUAUAUACAUUAAUGGACAAGCAAUGACAGAGCGGCAUGGACUAAGAUACAGUAGAAUAUUUUAGAAUAGAAUACAGUAUAUACAUGAUGAGUAGUGCAAGAUAUGUAAACAAUCUUAAAGUGACUAGUGUUCCAUUUUAUAAAGUGGCCAGUGAUUUCAAUAGGCAGCAGCAGCCUCUAAUGUGCUAGUGAUGGCUAUUUAACAGUCUGAUGGCCUUGAGAUAGAAGCUGUUUUUCAUUCUCUCGGUCCCUGCUUUGAUGCACCUGUACUGACCUCGCCUUCUGGAUUGGAUGAUAGCGGGGUGAACAGGCAGUGGCUCGGGUGGUUGUUGUCCUUGAUGAUCUUUUUGGCCUUCCUGUGACAUCGGGUGCUGUAGGUGUCUUGGAGGGCGGGUUAGUUUGCCCCCGGUAAUGUGUUCGGCAGACCGCACCACCCUCUGGAGAGCCCUGUGGUUGCGGGCGGAUAAAGUACUGGCAACUGCUGAAAGAUGUUGGUCAUUUUUGACAGAUCAUUAGUAUCAAACUUCUCUAAAUGAAGCAUGAAUGUCCAAUUAAUGGCUGUGUUAUACAUUGGUCCUGUGGAGGUACACUUUUCCAAACUCCUGAACUCCAAAAGCACUAGAUUCACAGUAAAAUCCCCAAAGUCCCCCAUUUUAAUGUACAGAAAGAGAUACAUCAACCACCCUGUUUUGACCACUGACUGCACACAGAGGGGUACUCUCUCAUGUUGUUGAUCUCUGUGUCAGUCAGUGUCUUGACCUUUUUUCAUCACCACUAACUCAAAUAACAUCUCAGUUCAGAAAGUGCAGGGUGUGUGGCAUGUUGACGGAGAGAAGAUCCCUUUUGGAAAGUGUGUAGCCCCAUCCUCUUCCCUUCGCCACAUUGUUCAUUGGUUCCAAGCUCAUAGCCAGUGUCCAUGUAGCCUGGUCACAGAUCUGUUUGUGCUGUCUUGCCAACUCCAUUGAUGUCAUUGUCAAAGAAAACCUAAGACCAGGCUAGUGUCCAUGAGCAGCCGACUAGACAGUCCAGUCCCCUAGUUGGUCACUUCAGAAAGAGGACAUAGAACGCCAUGGUCACACAGGAUAGAGCUACUGUCAGGUGAAGUCUGGUCCCAAUCACAGACGCUGUUGAGACAAGAACAAAGACAAUCCCUGGUGAUAUCAAGUUUUAAACAACAUCACAUUUCAAACUCAUUAGAAAAGCAAGUGGGAGGUGUGUGUACAAAUGCACAAGUGAUAUGCAUUAACUUUUAUUGAAAUCAUGUUUAACUUUCCCUUUAAAAUAGCACAUUAAUAAGCAGACCCUUUACUAUGUUUUAGGGAUGCCCGAUGUAAUCCUGUUGACUAAUUAUCGAUCUCUGGCAUGUUAAUUAGGAGGCACCAUCUUAUUCCCAUUUAAUACCUUUGUAGAACACUCCCCAUACCCCUCUCUUCUCAGCCAGCCCUUCAUGCGAGGAACUUUCUUCAGGUAGGCACACGUGCAGAUGAACAGCAAGCCGAACACCAGUAAACCAUUUACAUUUUUAGUCAUUUAGCAGACGCUCUUAUCCAGAGCGAUGUCGUAGUAAAUAUAAAAUGUUAUAGCUUGGUCUGACUAAAAUCUUGUGCAUGACCCAUUUUAAUGUUAGGAGCUUGUUUUCAAUCAAUGCUGUUCCUAUGCAAGAACAAUGAACAGAGGACCAUAUCUUGUCAAGGACAACACCCACGCCACAGGCCACAAUCACUGGUUGCUCCCCACGAGUUUUUCCCUUGAGACAUACACAUUCACACACACAUCUCCAUGCAUACGCACACUCAUUCUCAUGCCUCACGAGUUCUUUGCUUUGUGGACGCACACACACACAAACUGCACUUCUUUCUACUGGUCGGGUGCCUAGGGCAGAGGACUCUGCCGUGCACCAAUGGGGCUUCUGCUCUGGACAGAGCAGACGCGCCUCCUACGCCUCGGGAACUAAUCAAGGGACUAGAAGAAGGACCCCUUUCAUUAUGUUGCAUUGUAUAAAGUAAUGCUGAAAACUCUGUUUUUGAUCCCUUUUCAACUGUCUCCAUAAGAGGCAACUGAAUGGGUCCAUGCAUGUAGCUUGAGCAGAUACCAGCUAUCUCUGUGUUUAAUAAACUGCCUUUUGCUUAAGCAUAUUCCUCUCCGUCUAGCGUCGUUGGUUUUGUACUUCCUCUCCUUAUGGGUUCACCAACAGCGACUUACAGUUAGUGAGUGCAUACAUUAUUUUUUAUUUUUCAUACUGGCCCCCCGUGGGAAUCGAACCCACAACCCUGGUGUUGCAAACGCCAUGCUCUACCAACUGAGCUACAACCAUUGAAUGAAUACACUGCUCAGGGACAUACACAUUAGCAAACUGAUGUAAUAAUUUCAUAGAUUUGUUUGUAGACCGUUUGUUUACUAACUUGCUGAAGUUGAACGAAUUGUGCAUUUCAAGCAAGUGUGGCAUUCAUUUAGGGCUUUAUUAUGCAUUAGCUGCUAGUUAGAUGGCGAGCAACACCUUAAACUUCCUGGUGGCUAAAGUUAGCUUGCUAGCUAAUAAGCAAUUGUACUUAAACCAUUUUUUAUAAUGAUACAGAAAUAAGCGUCGUAUAGUACCGUUUGCCACUGUCACAGGUUGUGGUCACUGCCAAGUAGUUUAUCUGUCUACUUUUGGUCGUUUUAUGUUGGAUAAAUUGUCUUUGUAGCAACAUCUGUGUAAACAGGCUGAUCAGUGAAACAGGAAAACGUCGAUUGAAGUGCUGCUGGAAAGGGAAGACCAAUGGAUUGACGAUCAAGAAGCAUCACAGGAACAGAAGGCAUUCUCAAAGCAAAGGUAACUGCUACUAUAUUUACAUUUGUUUGACUGGAUAAACAUGUACAUGGUGAAUCUAUCUGAGUAGAAAGGCAAUCUAAGGGCUUUUGAGACACAAUGAAAGCCAGUUGCAAGACCACUUCUUUUCCAUAUCUGGUACAAUGAGGGUGCAUCUCUUAGUUAAAUAUUUUUUAUUUUCAAUUUCCCUUAAUCCCUUCAUUUGCGUUCUGCACUGAUGUGAAGAGCUAAACUGGUCCUAGAUGAUGUUAACAGAUCUGUGUGGAAAGGAGACAAUGAGACAAAGCCACUUUAGACUGUUGAAAUGCACCCCAUGUGUGGGACAAUUCACCUCUUUCCAUUCACAUGUAGGGUUGGUUUCCCAGACAACCUUUCUCCAUUCACAUGUAGGAAAAGUUUCCCAGACACUGAUUAAUCCUAGUGCUGGACUAAAAAGCUAUUUUGAUGGAGAAUCUCAAUUUGUAAUGUUUUUUAGUCCAGGACUAAGCUAAAUCUGUGUCAGGGAAACUGACCCUUAAUGUAUAAUGAAUAACCCUAUCUAUAAUCUAAAGUAGCAAGCAAGCAUACUCUAUCACUCCUUUGAUUCCCCCAGGCCAGUUGGUUCCUGUAGCAUUCCAUUAUUGGAGCUAUUGGAAAGACCUUCCAGUAACCCCACUAUGUAUUCAUUUACUUGAAAGCAUAUAGGCCACAGGAGGUUGGUGGCACCUUAAUUGGGGAGGACGGGCUCGUGGUAAUGGCUGGAGCGGAUUAAGUGGAAUGGUAUCAAAUACAUCAAACACAUGGUUUCCAGGUGUUUGAUGCCAUUCCAUUCACUCCGUCCAGCCAUUAUUAUGAGCCGUCCUCCCCUCAGCAGCCUCCGCUGAUAUAGGCCUUUGUCCUUAGACCAUGUUGUCUUAUUUACUAGACAGCAUUAAAGGGCUCAGCCGUCGAGGGGUAGACUCCCAAAUACUUAUAGGGAAGGGCACUCAACAUGUACUGCACUGACACAAAUGACUGAUGAUUGGUUGAAAGAAAUUGAUAAUAAGAAGAUUGUAGGAGCUGUACUGUUAGAUUUCAGUGCAGCCUUUGAUAUUAUUGACCAUAACGUGUUAUGGCUUUUCAACCUCUGCCAUAUCGUGGAUUCAGAGCUAUCUAUCUAAUAUAACUCAAAGGGUUUUCUUUAAUGGAAGCUUCUCUAAUGUCAAACAUGUAAAGUGUGGUGUACCACAGGGCAGCUCUCUAGGCCCUCUACACUUUUCUAUUUUUACCAAUGACCUGCCACUGACAUAAACAAAGCAUGUGUGUCCAUGUAUGCUGAUGAUUCAACCAUAUACGCAUCAGCAACCACAGCUAAUGAAGUCACUGAAACCCUUAACAAAGAGUUGCAGUCUGUUUUGGAAUGGGUGGCCACUAAUAAACUGGACCUGCACAUCUCUAAAACUAAGAGCAUUGUAUUUGGUACAAAUCAUUCCCUAAAUUCUAGACCUCAGCUGAAUCUGGUAAUGAAUGGUGUGGCUGUUGAACAAGUUGAGGAGACUAAAUUACUUGGUGUUACCUUAGAUUGUAAACUAUCAUGGUCAAAACAUAUAGAUUCAAUGGUUGUAAAGAUGUCCGUAAUAAAGAGAUGCUCUGCUUUUUUGACACCACACUCCAAAAAGCAAGUUCUGCAGGCUCUAGUUUUGUCUAAUCUUGAUUAUUGUCCAGUCAUGUGGUCCGGUGCUGCAAGGAAAUACCAAGUUAAGCUGCAGCUGGCCCAAAACAGAGCAGCACGUCUUGCUCUUUAUUGUAAUCAGAGGGCUGAUAUAAAUACUAUGCAUGCCAGUCUCUCUUGGCUAAGAGUUGAGGAGAGACUGACUGCAUCACUUCUUCUUUUUAUAAGAAACAUUAAUGUGUUGAAAAUCCCAAAUUGUUUGCAUAGUCAACUUACACACAGCUCUGACACACACACUUACCCCACCAGAUAUGCCACCAGGGGUCUUCUCACAGUCCCCAAAUCCAGAACAAAUUCAAGAAAGCGUACAGUAUUAUAUAGAGCCAUUAUUGCAUGGAACUCCGUUCCAUCUCAUAUUGCUCAAAUAAACAGCAAACUUGUUUUCAAAAAACAGAUGAAGCAACACCUCACGGUACAACGCCUCUCCCCUAUUUGACCUAGAUAGUUUGUGUGUAUGUAUUGAUAUGUAGGCUACAUGUACCUUUAAAACAUUUUUAUGUAGUUCUGUCCUUGAGCUGUUCUUGUCUAUUAAUGUUCUGUAUUAUGUCAUGUUUCAUGUUUUGUGUGGACCCCAGGAAGAGUAGCUGCUGCUUUCGCAACAGCUAAUGGGGAUCCUAAUAAAAUACCAAAUACCAAAAAUACAGAGGGGACUCUGCCAUCACUGCCAUGUUAUAUUGGUUUAAAAGCAACAUAGCAACUUUGCUUGUUCAUUCUGCAUUAUGUUACAUUUGUAAUUUGUAAUAAAAGCAGCAUUGAUGUCCAAGGCAAUUAGCUAAUCUCACCUCCUAAUCCCGGGGGGUUGUGGGUUGUGGUUUAGUCUGAGUUUCAAAUGGCACCCUAUUCUCUAUGACCAGAGUUCUGGUUAAAAGUAGUGUACUAUAUAAUGAAGAGGGUGCCAUUUGGGAUGCACCCUUAAUCUUGAAUGGCGUAAUGGGAUUAUAGGGGUUGACUACCACCACUGUGUGUCUACAACUGGUAGGUUAAAUCAUUGAACUGUAACCUACAGACACUCUUCUUCUCAGAGACAUCACUACUAUGUUGGAUUUGGGAGCUGUAAAGAAGCAGACGCCUGUAUGUGUAGAGGUGCUAUUGAAUAAGAGAGGGGGAGAGAGAUCUUGUGGCUUGAUAGAAACGGAGGACUGUAGCGACCGUGCCAUGGAAGGGUCAUACAAUGCAAAGAAAGUGAGUCUGUUUAUUAUCGUCUGAACUCCUUUCUGAAUUGGUGGCUCAACUGUCACGCCUGGUUGUCUUUUGGCCACCUGUCAUAGGUGGUGGGUGGUGGCCAUAGAGAUACAUUAAAUUAGUGUUAUAUUCAAUGUAUGGUGGUGACUGACAGUGACAGGUGAUUCUGAUCAACACAGUAAAGAAGCUGAUCUGUGACCUUCUAGGAAUGGAUACCAAAGCUGACUAUGCAUUGAUGCUAUGGAUGCUGUUGCUUUCUGCAUAGUCAAAAUGUUAUGGGGUUAUAUUGAAGGCAGAGCAACAACUCUACUGUGCCUAUACUUAAUCAGUAGUACAGCAUUACACAGUGUGUGGAUUGAUCCAGAACAAUCAAAAGAUUAGUGCAAUCUAAAAGAUUUCAGACAGACAUUUGUGGAUUUCUUUGCAAUAGUCUGGAGGUGUAUGUUGGUGUUUUUUGGGAAAGGAUGAGCGAUAAUCACUCAAGUUUAUAUAACGUUUCAUUUUCAGUUAGGAGAAUUUUACAAAUUGUUUAGUCCAAUUUUACUUUGGAUGUACCUAUGUUAUAUCAAUUGUGUGUUGUCUAUCCUUCUAUUGUAACCAUUCAUUGGGCUUUGAAUUAAUUAUUGCAUAGUCUACAGACCAUGAUCAAAAAUGUUUUAUUCAACUUGAUCAGUUGUUUUGCUUCAGGUCCGACCACUGAUGUUACCACUGGUGGCCACAAGGUGGCCAAGUGGGUUGUAAAACGGGUCAUCUGAAUGUUACAAUAAGGGAAGAGCUUACUAUUGAACUGAUUUGACCAUAAACCUACGGUAUAAUGAUACAAAUUCAAUCCAAUAUGUUUUCCCCCAAGAAAGCAACAAAAAAAGUGCCCUAGUUGUUGUGAAUGAUCAAAAUGACAUUAAUUUCUAUAGAUAUGGAUUGGUCCAAGAAUGUCAUUGUGUCACGUUCGUUUAAAGACGGGUCGGACCAAGGCGCAGCGUGAUAUGCGUACAUGUUUAUUUAACGAUAAACACACGACAAAACAACAAAGGAAACGAAACGUGAAGUCCAAAGGUACAACACACCUUACACGGAACAAGAACCCACAACUAGACAGUGCCAAAAGGCUGCCUAAGUAUGAUUCCCAAUCAGAGACAACGAGCGACAGCUGCCUCUGAUUGGGAACCACACCGGCCAACAUAUAAAUACAAAUGUAGAAUAUUCACACCCUGCCCAAACUAGCUAGCUAGUUAGCUCUCUAAUGUUUUACACCAUGCCCUUGCUACUGUGUGUUGCGGAUGUGUGGUUCCCUACUGUAUCAUAUUACUGGACAUUUGCAGUACAAUGUUUUGUUAUACUCUGCUGGAGUUAAUUAAUGGCCGAUCUUCUCUCACAUUUCAGGUGCUUCCUCAGCGGCCAGGAUUUUGGCACCAUGGAAAAGGUAUAUCUAUAGUAAAAGCUAAGACUGAUUCAAUUAAUAAAUGAUGUGAUCUCAGAUUUGAUGGUACAAGUGUUGAUGAUCACAAGUUUACUGGAGAACUGAGACCAAGUAGAGACUUUUGGACAGGGUGGAUAAUGGUAUAAUAUAAGGCAGUUUAUUCAGAGGUAAAGAUAUCUGGAAUAGCGUGCACGGACUCGUUCGUCAAACUCGUAGGGAGCUAUCUGAAGAGAGCCCCGAAAACAUUGUGUGCAGACAUUUUAUGCAAUAAAUGAAGUAGGUUGAAUCUAGUAGUUCUGAUCUUCUGAUUGGUCCUGAUGAGUUGGGCGAGGUCCCCUCCAGGCUAGUGUCACUGUUGCAUUGGCUCUGAGUCGGGUUCUCUGUCUUCAAAUGUUCAGCCUAAAAGAGGGGAUUUUGUGUGUGUGUGUGUUAACAGUAAUGAUGUGUGUGUGUGUGUGUGUGUGUGUUUGUGUCAAGGCAGAACUCGUGAGUUGGAAGAACUGAGAGACCUAUGGCGUGGGUGUUGUCCUUGGCCACCUGCUGACAAGGCUGACAAGAUAGGACCCUUUUGUCCAUUGUUAUUGGAUAGGAACAGAACUUAUAACCAGCUCCUGACCUAAAUAGAUCUUAGCACAACAUUUUACUCAACAUAUCAUAUUCCAUAUUCACUAUAACAAAUAUAUUUACUACGACACAAGUUGACUUGUGGUAGCCUGAGUUGUAAGUAAGCAUUUCACUGUUGUAUUCGGCGCAUGUGACAAAUACAAUUUGAUUUGUUUUGUCUGUUUUUGCCAACUUAUGGAAUUGUCUGACAAUGACAGCAAUGGAGUCUGCACACAGCGCACAAACAGAUCUGGAAAAAGGCUAGACUUGUGCCAGACUUGUGUGAACCAUUUUAUCUCCUGUAGAGAACUAUGUGUGCCGCGACGCCCUGUCCCGGCAGUCUACAGAGUGUAGUGAGGUCCAGGAGGUGAGCCAUACGCAGUCCCAGCUGCAGCAGCCCAGGGUGAAACUGAACGGCUCCACGGUGGAGACACCCAGUCACCACGACCUGCACCGUGAACUGCUGGUCAGCACCGAGAUAUUUGACUGAGAGGAGAGAGAGAGAGAUGAGAGGAAGAGAGAGAGAGAGAGGGAGAGAGAGAGAGAGGUAAGGAGGAAGAGAGAGGGAAGAUGAGAGAAGUUGAAGGAGAAGAGAGAGCUAAUCUGGAGACGAGAGAGAGAGAGAGAGAGAUGAGGAGAGAGAGAGACCAGUAGGGUUGAUAUUGUUUGUGGCCUGGCGCAAGAUGCAACUUUUCCACGUUGUCUGUCUGUGAGUAAAAAGGCCAGUCACAGAACACUCACAACAACUGCAGUCUGUCCUCUGCUUAAUAUCAUACUGUUCAUGAGGCCUGCUUCCAAAGGAGAGAGUGGUUAUCUCAUUUCAACUACUGGGUGUGACUGGCAGAGGAAUCUGCUGUGUGUCAGGACUAGUAGGGACAGUCUUAUGAUGACUUAAUUCUCUCUACCAGCUGUGGUAGCCAUUUCUAUACUUCCAAUAGUAACACUUACACUUUACAAUAAAGUGACCUUUAUAAAGGUUUUAUAAUUAGGCUAUUACAUGGCUGUUACAUUGUUCAGUUCUAAUAGGUUGGUGCUUGUUUUCACUGGCCUCAAAGGUAUAAUGACAAGGACGGAACAUGCAUUGUUUACUACGAUUUCUCCUUAUAUUUGUUGAUUUUGUCAUCAGAUGAUUGACAUGGCAUUAUUAUCAUGAUGACAUUGAAGCUCCUUAGUUGAAGCCCCUAUGAUGAUGAUGAUGAUGAUGAGCUUGAGAAUGGACCGGACUGGGAAACCUUGGCAACCUUGAGUGUAGAGCCAAACCAUUAGUAAUACCUGACUCUCUGACAGGAAUUCCCUCCGUGUGACAUCACUAUGAGUAAAUAGAGACGACAGCAGGCAGCCUAGCCAGGGAUGGCUCUUCUUCUUCAUGUGUUAGUAACACAGCAGACAGCCUAGCCAGGGAUGGCUCUUCUUCUUCAUGUGUUAGUAACACAGCAGACAGCCUAGCCAGGGAUGGCUCUUCUUCUUCAUGUGUUAGUAACACAGCAGACAGCCUAGCCAGGGAUGGCUCUUCUUCUUCAUGUGUUAGUAACACAGCAGACAAGCCUAGCCAGGGAUGGCUCUUCUUCUUCAUGUGUUAGUAACACAGCAGACAGCCUAGCCAGGGAUGGCUCUUCUUCUUCAUGUGUUAGUAACACAGCAGACAGCCUAGCCAGGGAUGGCUCAGGAUGAAUCAACAAGCAGCAUGAUUAACACAGGGAAGACUUGAUUACGUAGCACAUUGUUUGAUUAAAAUGUGCUAUGUGACGGAAGAUGUUUUACACUAUAGGAAAAUAUUACCCACACAUCCAGUGUUUCUGAGCAGAUGCUUGAGAUGGUGAUCAAAUAGGAUGUUCAGACUCCACUCCACAUAAUGCACCUGUGGUUCAUUGACAGUGUUUCAACCCUUAUGUCUCCGUUAGCUCUCUAAUGUUUUACACCAUGCCCUUGCUACCGUGUGUUGCGGAUGUGUGGUUCCCUACUGUAUCAUAUUACUGGACAUUUGCAGUACAAUGUUUUGUUAUACUCUGCUGGAGUUAAUUAAUGGCCGAUCUUCUCUCACAUUUCAGGUGCUUCCUCAGCGGCCAGGAUUUUGGCACCAUAGAAAAGGUAUAUCUAUAGUAAAAGCUAAGACUGACUCAAUUAAUAAAUGAUGUGAUCUCAGAUUUGAUGGUCCAAGUUGACUUGUGGUAGCCUGAGUUGUAAGUAAGCAUUUCACUGUUGUAUUCGGCGCAUGUGACAAAUACAAUUUGAUUUGUUUUGUCUGUUUUUGCCAACUCAUGGAAUUGUCUGACAAUGACAGCAAUGGAGUCUGCACACAGCACACAAACAGAUCUGGAAAAAGGCUAGACUUGUGCCAGACUUGUGUGAACCCUUUUCUCUCCUGUAGAGAACUAUGUGUGCCGCGACGCCCUGUCCCGGCAGUCUACAGAGUGUAGUGAGGUCCAGGAGGUGAGCCAUACGCAGUCCCAGCUGCAGAAGCCCAGGGUGAAACUGAACGGCUCCACGGUGGAGACAUCCAGUCACCUCGACCUGCACCGUGAACUGCUGGUUAGCACCAAACGGUGGUUGAAAUAAACACUCACAUAUACUUACAAUAUGCACAGAAAUCGACAAAAGGCUCUGUUAUAUGUCUCUGAAGUUUUAAGAAAGAUCACAUCUGCUGAAGCAUAGACAAAAUGAAAAGUGCAGAGAUAAUAGUUUAGGUACAGUAUUAUUAACUAAACUAUGCUGCAUUUAUUCCCAGCACCACAAGGAGAGACCGAGUAGUGUGUGUGUGUGUGUGUGUCUGAGCCCCCUAUGUGUAAUACCCUUUUCACACAAUCAUGCCAACCUGAACCGUUCUCUUCUGACUUAGAUAUUUAUUUUCACAUUGUCCUAUCUAGCAACUAUGGUGGAUGCAAACCAGGCCAGCUCAGCUCUGCUUGGCGCAGUAGUGUAAAUAUGUCUGGACAUGUUGUCUGUUGUGCCCAUUUACAGGCCUGUUGCCAGGAGAGAAGCCUGAGCUGAAGCAAGUCCAGGAACAGAGGAGGCUGGAGCAGCAAAGAGAACAGGAACUGGCUCUACAGCCUCCUCUGGAACUGGAGCAGCAUAGAGAGCAGGAACUGGCUCUACAGCCUCCUCUGGAACUGGAGCAGCAAAGAGAGCAGGAACUGGCUCUACAGCCUCCUCUGGAACUGGAGCAGCAAAGAGAGGAGGAACUGGCUCUACAGCCUCCUCUGGAACUGGAGCAGCAAAGAGAGCAGGAACUGGCUCUACAGCCUCCUCUGGAACUGGAGCAGCAAAGAGAGCAGGAACUGGCUCUACAGCCUCCUCUGGAACUGGAGCAGCAUAGAGAGGAGGAACUGGCUCUACAGCCUCCUCUGGAACUGGAGACUGAACUACGCAAGAGACAGCAGAUACUGCUGGAGGUAACACACACACACACACACCACACCACACCACACCACACCACACACACACACACGCCAAACACACACACACACACGCCAAACACACACACACACGCCAAACACACACACACACACACACACACACACAUACACUCACCAGAUACACACACACACCACACACCACACACACAUACACCAGACACACACACACCACACACACAUACACCAUACACACACACACCACACACACACACACGCCAAACACACACACCAGACACACACACCAAAUACACACACACACACACACACUAUGUAAUAAAACACCAAUAACAUUGGGAGAAAAACAAAGUGUAUUUACUAUUUACAAAAACAGCAGAAGGCUAUGACCAUGUUUGAAAUGAAUCUACUGUCAUGUUUCAGUAUGAGCAGGAGGAGAUCAGGCGCCGGGAGGAGCAGGAGAGAGGAGUCCCUGAGUUUGUACGUGUGAAGGACAACCUGAGGCGCACACAGAUGUCUGGGCAGUGA